UUCCCCACCCCGACCAAACCCCAAAAACCAACGCAACAAGACCACCACUCACCUCCCCACUAUCUCUCACUCACCCACUGCCCGCUGCGCUACACGAGCUCUGCAACUGCAAGGCCGCCGCCGCAGGGCACACACAUCGCCAAGCAAUCCUCCGACCUCUCGCCUCGCCGCGCACCAGCACACGCGGUCCCGCACACCAAUACAACGACCAAUGGCGAGGACGCGCGCGCUCGGCGGCCGGCUCCUCCUCCUCGCCGUCCUCGCCGCCGUGCUGGCGCUCCACCACGCGCCGCCGUCGUGCGCCGCGUGGUCCGAGCUCCCGGCGUUGUCUAUCUCCGCGGCGCCCGAGUACCCGCCGCUCCCGCGCCUCCCCAGGCAGCACGGCCACCACCCCCACUCCGCCCUCCCGCCGGCGGCGCUGGCGCUGUCGCCGGACAUCAUGCCCGUGCUCCCCUCCCCCGCCGAGGACGGCGCCGCCGCGCCGCCGUCCGACGCCGAGCCCACCAUCCCGUCCAGCCCGAGCCCGCCCAACCCCGACGCGCUCGAGCCCAACUCCGCCUUCGCGCCGUCCGGCUACGCGCCCGCCGUCGCCGCGCAGUCUCCCGCGCCGCCGCCGGCCCGGGCGGCGACCGUGGCGUGGGCGCUCCCUGUCGUCGCGCUGCUGGCCAUGUGGUCGGUGUAGUGGAGUGGGCGAGCCAUGCCGCCAUGGUCCUCACCUCGGCUCCUCGUAGACGGGACAACUGGGGCAGAGCACGCAUGUCUGUCUCGUCAGCCUUCAGGCGUGCAAGGAAAGUUGGCCGUUGGUUGGUCGGGUUGGCUCUGCACCUUGCAUUGCACUACUCAUUGUCCUUGUGAAGAACUGUUACUCCGUUUCUUCAGCUUUUAGUUCUCUCCUGUAAAUUUUAGUUUUUUUUUAUUUUGAUUCAUAUUUUUGGGAGGAGGGGUUACAUUAUGUUAUAGCCUUUGUUUUGUUUUGUGGCCUUUGUUAAGUUGAGAUUAUUUGGGUGGCUCUUGUAAUAAAUUUGGAGGGAUUAUUAGUUAAUUGCUACCUUAUGUGAGGUUCAAUUGGAUCCUUUCUUGCUUGAUC